UCUGGUAAACACAACCAUCCCCAGCCUGCUCUCUGAUGAACACCACCAUCCUCCUCCCGCUUCCUGGUGAACACCAUCAUCUGCAGCAGCUGCGCGUCGCGCUGCGUGACUCGGGCUCUUUAAAUACGCGCUCGUGCAGCUCCUGUAUUUAUGAGCCGCCGGCUGCAAACAUGCCUUUCGGAAAUUCGGCGCUGGGCUUCUGAUUCACGCAGCGCGAACACGCGAAAACACACCGAUGCGAAAGCCCGAGAUCGUCGUGUGAUCGACGCGAGCGACCAUGGGAUUCCUCCACCAGCUCCACCUUUUGCUGUGGAAGAAUGUGUCUCUGAAGCGCAGAGGGCCGGUAAGCGAUGGGUGUUGGCGUUUGAGAUCUUCAUCCCCCUGGUCCUCUUCUUCAUCCUUCUGGGUUUGAGGCAGAAGAAGCCCGCCAUCCCCGUGAAGGAAGUCUCGUUCUACAGCGCGGCGCCCCUCACUUCUGCUGGGAUCAUUCCCAUCAUGCAGUCGCUGUGUCCUGACGGCCAGCGGGACGAAUUUGGCUUCCUGCAGUACAAGAACUCCACCGUGACCCAGCUCCUGGAGCGGAUCGGCGAGGUGGUUGAGCAGAACCACCUGUUCACUGCCGACCGGCCCGGACUUGGGGAGGAGCUGGAAUCCCUGCAGCGACAUCUGGAGAGUCUGAGCACGUCGCCGGGCCCGCUGGAUCCCCGCUUCAACGCUAGCCGUGGGUUCACGCUGGGCAGUGUGCUGAGGAACCAGUCCACAUUCCAGCAGUUCCUGCUCAGAAACCUGUCGCUGUCCAACGACACGGCCGGUCUCCUGCUCUCGUCCCCCGUCAACCUCAAGGAGGUGUAUAACCUCAUUUUUGGCUCGUUUCCUGGAGCGAGAGCCGACGGCCAGGGGUCCAGCGAGGGUACCAGUGAUGCCUAUGGCCCAGGCGAGAAAGCACUUAAGAUAGAGGACCAGCUUCUAGAAGGCUGGCGCAGCCUGGAAGGAGGUCUGAUCCACAAAGCCCUGCGAGACCCCACCAAGGCGGCCCACAGGCGAAGCCUGCUCAAGCUCAUGUCCCAGGCUCUGGGUCUCGCCGCAGGAGGUGCAGGCAAACCCUACGACCCCCAGGGACUGCGCGACGUGGAGGGUGUCCUGCUGACUAGCACCAUGCUGGAGCUGCUCACCUGCGGGAAGGACGAGACCGGCGAGCUGAGCAGGAUCCUAAUGGUGUCCGAGAAGCAGCAGUCGGCGCUGCAGGCCUAUCGCAGAGCUGUGUGCGGCGGAGAGGAAGGCCAACGGGCUCAGCGCUUCGGCGAGAUGAGCCAGGAGUUGAGGGACCAGAUAGACACCCAGACAGUCAUAGAGAAGCUGCGUCUGGAGCAGUUCAACUCCUCGGUGCUGCCUUCUCAGUCCCACCUGGGUGCUCUGCUGAAGGAUCUGGCCGACGUGGAGCGGCUGCUGAGGGACGUGGACCUUCUGUCGGGUUUGGCCCGUCUCCUGCCCAAGGGGGCCUGUGCGGGUCACCAACCCCCUCCGCCGGCCAAUGCCACCGCCUGGAGCUCCAAUAAUACCACCUGGGGGCCAAACUCCACAGACACCCCUGGGGAGGAGGGCGACGGGGCGGCGGGCAGUGAAGCAGAAGGAGAAAACCCGCGCUCACAGUUCUCUGCCUUCGUGCAGCUGUGGGCGGGUCUGCAGCCCAUCCUGUGUGGGAAUAACAGAAUCAUCGAGCCGGAGGCUCUGAAGCAGGGCAACAUGAGUUCCUUGGGGUUCACCAGCAAGGAGCAGCGAAACCUGGGCCUCCUGGUGCAUCUCAUGACUACAAAUCCCAAGAUCCUCUACUCUCCCAUUGGUUCACAGGUUGACAAGGUCAUCCAGAAGGCCAACGAGACGUUUGCCUUCGUGGGGAACGUGACGCGCUACGCCCGCGUGUGGCUCAACAUCUCGGCGGAGCUGCGUGCCUUCCUGGAGGAGGGAAAGCUGCACAACCGCAUGACCUGGCUACAGCAGUUCACCUCGGACCUGCGCCGGCACCCCGAGCUGCUGAACGCCACGGACAGCGAGUUCGUGCGCAGCCUGCUGGAGGGGAACUUCACCCUGCCGGACACGGGCACCCUGCUGGAGCAGCUGGACACCAUCGACAACGCCGCCUGCGGCUGGACGCGCUUCAUGUCCAAGGUCAGUGUGGACAUCUUCAAGGGCUUCCCUGAUGAGGAGAGCAUCGUGAACUACACGCUGAACCAGGCCUACCAGGACAACGUGUCCGUCUUCGCCAGUGUGAUAUUUCAGACGAACAAGGAUGGCACCCUGCCUCCCCACGUCCUCUACAAGAUCCGUCAGAACUCCAGCUUCACGGAGAAGACCAACGAGAUCCGGCGGGCUUACUGGCGCCCCGGGCCCAACACGGGGGGGAAGUUCUACUUCCUCUAUGGCUUUGUGUGGAUACAGGACAUGAUCGAGAGAGCCAUCAUCAACACCUUUGUAGGCCAUGACGUGGUGGAACCGGGGAACUACGUCCAGAUGUUUCCUUACCCCUGCUACACCCGGGAUGACUUCCUGUUUGUGAUCGAGCACAUGAUGCCCCUCUGCAUGGUGAUCUCCUGGGUCUACUCAGUGGCCAUGAUGAUCCAGCACAUCGUAGCAGAGAAGGAGCACCGCCUCAAAGAGGUGAUGAAGAUGAUGGGCCUGAACAACGCGGUCCACUGGGUGGCCUGGUUCAUCACGGGCUUCGUCCAGCUCUCCAUCUCGGUGACCGCGCUCACCGCCAUCCUCAAGUACGGCAAGGUGCUCCUGCACAGCGACCCCUUCAUCAUCUGGCUCUUCCUCACGGUUUACGCCAUCGCCACCAUCAUGUUCUGCUUUCUGGUGUCCGUGAUCUACUCGAAAGCCAAGCUCGCCUCCGCCUGCGGGGGCAUCAUCUACUUCCUUAGCUACGUACCCUACAUGUAUGUGGCCAUCAGGGAGGAGGUGGCCCACGACAAGAUCACGGCCUUCGAGAAGUGCAUUGCGUCGCUGAUGUCCACCACAGCCUUCGGCUUGGGCUCCAAGUACUUUGCCCUGUACGAGGUGGCCGGCGUGGGCAUCCAGUGGCGCACCAUCAACCAGUCGCCUGUGGAGGGCGAUGACUUCAACCUGCUGCUCUCCAUGGUGAUGCUGAUCAUCGACGCCAGUGUGUACGGCGUGCUCACCUGGUACAUCGAGGCGGUGCAUCCUGGGAUGUACGGGUUGCCCCGCCCCUGGUACUUCCCCCUGCAGAAGUCCUAUUGGCUGGGCAGUGGGCGUGUCGAGACAUGGGAGUGGCCUUGGGGUGGAAGUGCCAGGCUCAGUGUGAUGGAGGAGGACCAGGCGUGCGCAAUGGAACACCGGCGCUCUGAGGAAACGCGGGGCAUCGAGGAGGAGCCUAGCCACCUGCCCCUCGUGGUGUGCAUCGACAAGCUCACCAAAGUCUACAAGACGGGCAGCAAGUUGGCUCUCAACAAGCUCAGCCUGAACCUCCACGAGAACCAAGUGGUCUCCUUCCUGGGUCACAACGGCGCUGGCAAGACCACCACCAUGUCCAUCCUGACUGGCCUCUUCCCUCCCACCUCCGGCUCCGCCACCAUCUACGGACACGACAUCCGCACGGAGAUGGAGCGCAUCCGGCAGAACCUGGGCAUGUGCCCGCAACACAACGUGCUCUUCGACAAGCUCACGGUGGAGGAGCACCUCUGGUUCUACUCGCGCCUCAAGGGGAUGGCCGAGGAGGACAUCCGCAAGGAGAUGGACAAGAUGAUCGAGGACCUGGAGCUGUCCAACAAGCGCCACUGCCUGGUUCAGACGCUGUCGGGAGGGAUGAAGAGGAAGCUGUCGGUGGCCAUCGCCUUCGUGGGCGGCUCCCGGGCCGUCAUUCUGGACGAGCCCACGGCCGGGGUGGACCCCUACGCCCGGCGCGCUAUCUGGGACCUCAUCCUCAAGUAUAAGCAAGGCCGCACCAUCCUGUUGUCCACCCACCACAUGGACGAGGCCGACCUGCUGGGCGACCGCAUCGCCAUCAUCUCCCACGGCAAGCUCAAGUGCUGCGGCUCGCCGCUCUUCCUCAAGAGCACCUACGGCGACGGCUACAAGCUGACGCUGGUCAAGAAGCAAAGUGACUCCCACGGCACCGAACCGGGAAGCCGGCCCCCCUGCUCCGUGUCCCCCUCCUCUGUCCCACCGUCCUCCUUGUCUCCGUGCUCAGAGGCCCACGUCACCCAGUUCAUCCGCCAGUAUGUGGCCUCCUGCCUGCUGGUGUCUGACUCCAACACGGAGCUGUCCUACGUUCUGCCCUCGGAGGCCAUUAAGAAGGGCUGCUUUGAAAGGCUCUUCCAGGUGCUGGAGCAGAGUCUCGACAGUCUUGCUCUCACCAGCUUCGGGGUGAUGGACACCACGCUGGAGGAGGUCUUCCUCAAAGUGUCUGAGGAGGACCAGUCCCUGGAGAACAGCGACGCUGACCUGAAGGGGUCCCCGAGCGGCUCAGCGGGCAAGAAUUCGUGUCUGGCGGCGCCGCAGUCUGAGGCCCAGCCUGCAGGGGGCAGCGUCCGACCCGAAGUGGAGCUCAGCAACUUGGUGACGUGCUCCCAGCUGAGUGAGAGUCAGGGCUCCCUGCGCUCAGUGUCCUCGGUGGGGUCGGUCCGAGGGGACGAGGGCGGCCUCUACUCCGACUUCUACGGCGACUACUGCCCUCUGUUUGGCGGCGGCCAGGAUCCCGACUCCGCCAGCACCCAAGAUGCAGAGGACCCUUCCCCGGAGACGGCGGUGCUGGAGGGUCAGGGUAGCUUCAAGCUGGAGGGCUGGUGGCUGCGACUACGCCAGUUCCACGGCCUCAUCGUCAAGCGCUUCCACUGUGCCAAGAGGAACACCAAGGGGCUCUUCUCCCAGAUUAUGCUGCCCGCCUUCUUCGUCUGCGUGGCCAUGACGGUCGCCCUCUCCGUGCCUGAGAUAGGAGACCUGCCCCCCCUUAUCCUGUCUCCCUCCCAGUACCACAACUACACUCAGCCCCGGGGCAACUUCAUCCCCUAUGCCAACGAGGACCGUGCCCAAUACCGGACCAAGUUCUCCCCGGACGCCGGGCCCCAGAAGAUCAUCAACACCUUGCGUCUGCCCUCCGGCGUGGGCGCCACCUGUGUGCUGAAGACGCCCUUCAACAGCACACUUGACCAGCUAGCGCAGACGCUCAACCCCAGCGCCAACAACUCGAAGACGCUGGCCGCCCGCUACUUCGACUCCAUGUGUCUGGACUCCUUCACGCAGGGCGUGCCCCUCUCCAACUUCGUGCCUCCGCCCCCCUCGCCGGCACCCUCUGAUGACCCAGACCCCAGUUUUGAGGACGGCACCUGGAACUACACCGCCACUCCCCCCACCACUGUCCACGAGACGGUGACGUCGGCCCCGUCCCUCCCGCUCACCAUCCGCGAGCCGGUGCGCUGCAUCUGCUCCAUGCAGGGGACCGGCUUCUCUUGCCCCAACGGCGUAGGAGGGCGGCCCCCGCUCACCAAGGUGGUGACGGGGGACAUCUUGGUGGACAUCACGGGCCGCAACGUGUCCGAGUACCUUCUGUACACCUCGGAUCGCCUGCGCCUCCACAGAUACGGAGGGUUCACGGUUGGGAACAUCCAGAAGUCUAUCCCAGCCUCCUUUGGGAAAAACAUCCCACCAAUGGUUCGCAAGAUCGCUGUGCGCCGGUCUGCCCAGGUCCUGUAUAAUAACAAGGGCUACCACAGCAUGCCCACCUAUCUGAACGUGCUCAACAACGCCAUCCUGCGCGCCAACCUGCCCCCGAGCAAGGGGAACCCUGCGGCAUACGGAAUAACCGUGACCAACCACCCCAUGAACCGGACCAGUGCCAGCCUCUCCCUGGACUAUCUGCUGCAGGGCACCGACGUGGUCAUCGCCAUUUUCAUCAUCGUCGCCAUGUCCUUCGUGCCAGCCAGCUUCGUGGUCUUUCUGGUGGCCGAAAAGUCCACCAAAGCGAAGCAUUUGCAGUUCGUCAGCGGAUGCGACCCCGUCAUCUACUGGCUGGCCAACUACAUCUGGGACAUGCUGAACUACCUGGUCCCGGCGACCUGCUGCGUGAUCAUCCUCUUCGUGUUCGACCUUCCGGCGUACACGUCUCCCACCAACUUCCCAGCAGUCCUCUCUCUCUUCCUGCUCUAUGGCUGGUCCAUCACACCCAUCAUGUAUCCAGCUUCCUUCUGGUUCGAGGUUCCCAGCACGGCCUACGUUUUCCUCAUCGUCAUCAACCUCUUCAUCGGCAUCACCGCCACCGUGGCCACGUUUCUCCUGCAGCUCUUCGAGCAUGACAAGGAUCUGAAGGUGGUGAACAGCUACCUGAAGUCUUGCUUUCUCAUCUUCCCCAACUACAACCUAGGCCAUGGGCUCAUGGAGAUGGCCUACAACGAGUACAUCAACGAGUACUACGCCAAGAUCGGUCAGUUUGACAAGAUGAAGUCGCCAUUCGAGUGGGACAUUGUCACACGGGGGCUGGUGGCCAUGACCAUAGAAGGCUUUGUGGGGUUCUUCAUCACAAUUAUGUGCCAGUACAACUUCCUCAGGAAACCUCAGAGGAUCCCGGUGAGCAGUCAGCCGGUGGAGGAUGAUGACGUUGACGUGGCCUGCGAGAGGCGCAGGGUGCUGAGAGGAGACGCCGACAGUGACAUGCUGAAGAUAGAAAACCUCACCAAGGUGUACAAGUCCAGGAAGAUGGGGCGCAUUCUGGCAGUGGAUCGGCUGUGCCUGGGGGUUCGUCCAGGGGAGUGUUUCGGGCUGCUGGGUGUGAACGGUGCGGGGAAGACCACCACUUUCAAGAUGCUGACGGGAGACGAGAGCACCACGGGCGGGGAGGCCUUCAUUGGAGGCUGCAGCAUCCUGCGGGAUUUGCUGAAGGUACAGCAGAGCAUUGGCUACUGUCCCCAGUUCGACGCCCUUUUCGAGGAUCUGACAGCCAGAGAACACCUAGAGCUCUACACUCGCUUGCGGGGCAUUCCUUGGAAGGAUGAGGAGAGGGUGGUCCAGUGGGCCCUGGAGAAGCUGGAACUCUCCAAGUAUGCUGAUAAGCCCGCCGGCACUUACAGCGGGGGCAACAAGCGUAAGCUCUCCACCGCCAUCGCCCUGAUCGGAUACCCCUCCCUCAUCUUCCUGGAUGAGCCCACCACAGGCAUGGACCCCAAGGCUCGGCGUUUCCUGUGGAACCUCAUCCUGGACAUCAUCAAGACGGGACGCUCCGUGGUUCUGACAUCGCACAGCAUGGAGGAGUGUGAGGCUCUCUGCACCCGCCUGGGAAUCAUGGUCAAUGGGCGGUUCAAGUGUCUGGGCAGCAUCCAGCAUCUCAAAAACAGGUUUGGGGACGGCUACAUGAUCACGGUUCGCACCAAGUCCAGCAGUAGCGUCAAGGAAGUGGUGCGGUUCUUCAACAGGAACUUCCCCGAGGCCAUCCUGAAGGAGAGACACCACACCAAGGUGCAGUACCAGCUGAAGUCGGAGCGCCUCUCUCUGGCGCAGGUCUUCAGUAAGAUGGAGCAGGUGGUGGAGGUGCUGGGCAUUGAGGACUACUCCGUCAGCCAGACCACGCUGGACAAUGUUUUUGUGAACUUUGCCAAGAAGCAAAGCGACAACUUGGAGCAGCAGCAGAGCUCACCGUCCGGUGGAGGCCAGUCUCCGCUGCAGCGCAUUCUCAGCCUCAUUCGGCCGCGGGCCGCCAACACGGAGCUGAACGCGCUGGUCAGCGAGGAGCCCGAGGAGCUGGAGAGUGAUGACGAUGAAGGCCUCAUCAGCUUUGAGGAAGAGAGGGUGCAGCUUUCCUUUAACACAGACACCCUCUGCUGAACCUCAAACUCCUAACAGAUGGGGACAUGCAGCCCAACGAGUCUAGAGAUCCAUUUGACUCCUGAACAAAUAGAGGGAGCCGAGGAGUGGACCUGAGGAACGUGAACCAAGAGCAAGAGCGCAUUUUCUUUAAGUUUGCCUAAACAAGGAUUUCCUCCCUGUCGGUCAGUGUGAGGGGCACGCGGUUUCUCCACGGACGCUCGGACAUUUGGAGAAACGGCAUCGCAACGUCGCAGCCGGACCGCGCCGUGCCAGGUCGCGUGACGGGAGAAGCGGAAACGGGAGGACCGGCGUAUCGCCGCCUCUUCGCCAGCUUCCACCAAGAAGGGUUGUAAAGUGGGGGGGACUGGCAAACGAUGACGGCAGCGUUUGUGUUUUAAGUGGAACGUUUCUUUGCCAUGUUUUAAUCUUUCAGUUUGCGGGAUGGGCGCACCUAAAGGAAACCGAACGAGUGUUUGGGGAUCACUAAGCGACGCUGUUGGAGAGAACCCAAUAUGGAAGAGCUUCUUUAGAAGAUGCUGUCAAGGACCAGGUGCUGAGCGAAGUCAGGGAAGCCAACGAUUAUCGUUAUUGCUCUUAUUAUAUGUUGGCGGCAUUGCCACUGAUGUCACAGAACAACAUAUCAUUCUCCUUUAAGGCGGGACCUUCGGGUUCGACUCCGACCCCUUCCGUUUCAGCAGACGUCCUAAUCUGAAUGUAAAUUACUUUUUAAGGACUGGAAUUUUUUUUUUCCUUCCCUCCAAAGCUAUCGACGAUUUUUUUUUUUUCCCAUUGUAAUUGGAUCCAGAUUUUAAGGUUUAGUACAUUUUUGCCUUUUUAAGCAUGCUGCAGCUUUACAAGUCACUCAGAGAAACGAGUCGAAACGGUGUAGUGUCGUGUAUUUCUUUUGUGGAGAGAAAAAAAAAAAAAAAGAUUUAUUUUCUGUGACGAUGUCUUAUUUUGUCGUGUUUAUGCGGUUCAUUUUAUUAACUGACUGACAAGUGGCAGCCAGUGCACCUUGGAAUAAACAAGGCUUCUUUUGAUAUCCGGGCUUCAGCUUUCAGUGCGUUGAAACCACCAUCCCGCUCCAAAAGGAAACGUGUUAAACACGUUUACCUCCUAUUGCGAACCGCUGACUGCGUAAAAUGUGAUACUACAGGGUACGAGAAACCGACACCUCCUUACACUUGAACUUAUUCUGCCCUAUAUAUAGUUCAUAGCACCGCAGUGUUUUUCCUGCACAGCUCAAUAUCAAUUAUGCUCUUUUGCGACCGUAAUAAUCUGGAUUUAUAAGUAGGACAGCACACCCCAAGGUGCACCAAGCCUUCCGUACCCAGUGGUACAUUACAUGAAAUGAGUUAUUACAGCUUAGAACAAGCUGGCACCUCCUGAACUUGAACCGAUUUGGUCCCAUAUGUAGUUUAAUAGCACCCUAGUAUUUUGUCUCUGGAAUGGAAUGUUAAUUAUGAUCUUUUGCACUCCAGUGUGGGAUGGUACAAUAGUUUGAGAAACCAACUAGAUACAUCAGGCCAUGUUACUGUGACCUGAGAUAAUAACAUGUGUCACGCAGGCCUCUGUAUAACCAGCACUGUGAAGCAGAACCUGACUUGCUCGUAUAUCUUCUCCACUCGGUCUUUAUGGUACGUGCGCUGGAGAUGAUAUCCAUAUAAUACAGUGUCCCACAGAGAAGGAAGGUAGCAAUCGGUUGGUGUGAAUACAAUAUGUCCUGUAUUACAGAUGGGGCAGAAAUAUGACUGUUUUAACUAACACUCUGCAAAAACAUCCAUCCAGUGUUAACUCAUUCUGAGAAACUCUCCCCCACCACCCCCUUCGAGCAUUUGAAAAAUUCCCAUCCCAUUAAAUGUGAAAUAAUAAAUAUUAUUAAGACUUAAUGGGCCAAACUCACUCCUUUGCCUAGCAAUGAACCUCUCCCACAUCUGGCAUUCAAAUGUGCUUGACUCGGGGCCAUUUUUUUUGCAUUUGAAACUUUAGGACAUUGUAAUUGUAAUGUUUUUCUUUGAAUUGUUUUUGGCAGUUGUUUUACUUUUGGACAAAAAAUAUUUAAGAAAAUAUCCUUGAUUUGCACUGCGGUGUUUUCAGAUACGGAGGAUCGAUUUCUUAUGUGAUAAAUGAUGAGUAUGGGGAUCAAAUGUUGAUGUUAUGCUCUUUUAAUAUAAAACCAAUGUUUAGUACCAAAGGGAAGUCGUGCUAAUUUUUACUGAAUGAUAAACUAUAUGCUGAAUGUUAAAGCAAAUGACGGGGAGGGGAUGGGAAAAUUUAAGAAACGGACACUGAUUUUCUUGUCCUGUAAAUGAUGAGCUGUAAUUACUGUGUGAAAGCAAAAAUGUAUUUUUUUUUUUUUGUUGUUGUUGUAACUUUUGUGCAAAGGUUAAACUGUGGUUUUACUUGGACUGAAUCGCACUUCAACGUUUCUUUCAUCUCUUUUGCUAAGGUUUAACUGAUGACCGUUUUGCUCAGUUUUGGUCAGAGCUCUGUGAACUUUGACUUCUAGGUUACGGCGAUUUCGAACUGGGCCUCGCCCUCUUGGGAAUGGCAUUGACCAUCCUUUUGACCUUUGACCUUUCUGACAUGCUGCCACACCUUUUUCCUUGGAUCGCGACUGAAAGGCCUUUACUCUUCGGUAACGUGGAGAGCUUUGAAUUCAGUAACUAAAAUUAACAAAAAAAAAGAAAAAAGGCGGGGGGUUGUUUCGCAGUUUCUUUGCUUCAGAGAACAACACGCUACCAUGAUUCACAGAUCAAAUACACAUUAAACUGGAAAAUUAGACACCAGCAAGUACUUAACUGUUUGUGAUUUGAAGGUGUGCAAUCUAAAUAACAAAAAAAGAAAAAAUAAACUGUCGAUUUGGUCAAAGACGCAGGUUUACUCUGGAGCAAAAUGCCCUGGAAAUAAAUCCGCAAUUGUACAUGAAUAUAAAUAAAUAUAUUUAUAUUUAUAUUUUACAAAUAUGUAUGUUUGAAUUUUUUCUGCUACUGUUCUAUUCAUGUAACAUUUUGACUUGAAAUUCUGAGCUU